GUGGUUUUCCAUUCCUCCCUCAAAACCAACUGUAAAUGUAACCAGUAACCCCUUGCUCCUGCUCCUCCAUAUAUACCCCGUUCCCCACCCCCGACUACCACCUACCCUCGACCCACAACUCACCAAAUCAUUCUCAUCUUCAUCUAUGAUCCAUCAUGCAUAAACUGCACAGAAGAUAUGCAAACUUUCACAUCUCAAUCAGUCAUUUAACUUUCUACAGAAAAUUUUAAGUACAUAUAGUAGUUCUGUGUAGGGAUAAUAAAGCUGUUUGUUGGGACAGCCCGCUAUUCUUUUCUUGGUUUUUCAUAUCAUUUUCUUGAAGUUCUUGAAAUACCCAUAUCAAAAAUUUGUAUUUUUGUGUAUUUUUUUGGAUGCAAAUGGGGAUUGAGCAAAGUGGGUCUGGUGGGAAAGGGAAGGUGAGCAAUGAAUCAAGGAGGAACAAGCGGAGGCAGAAGAAAUUAUCGCCGGUUCAGAAGAUGUAUGAAACCUGCCAUGAUGUUUUUGCCAAUUGUGAACCUGGCGUUGUUCCAGCAGCUGAACAAAUCGAGAAACUUGCGGCUUGUUUGGAUAAGAUGACUCAAGCAGAUGUCGGCCUGAAGCCAAAUAUGCUAUUUUUCAACGAUAAAAGAGCUCCCGUGAUAACCUAUCUGCACCUUCAUGAGUGUGAAAAAUUCUCAAUUGGGAUUUUUUGCUUGCCACCUUCGAGUGUCAUUCCUCUUCAUAACCAUCCGGGAAUGACGGUUUUCAGCAAGCUUCUCUUCGGGACCAUGCAUAUCAAGUCGUAUGAUUGGGCAAAUGAAGUGGAUAAGAACCCUGAUGGUGCAAUUGUGGAUGCUAAUCCUCCAAAAAGUCAUCCCAACGGUUUGCGCCUGGCAAAGCUUAAGGUCAACUCGGAGUUUACGGCUCCUUGUAGACCUUCCAUUCUCUAUCCAACUGACGGUGGCAACAUGCACGUCUUCACAGCAAGGACCGCAUGCGCUGUACUGGACGUGCUUGGCCCUCCAUAUAAUGAUCCCGAGGGUCGUCAUUGCCAGUACUACUUUGACUUCCCAUUUGCGGAUUUUCCAGUCGAUGGUCUGUCCGUGGAUGAAGAUAAGAAGGCUCAGCAUGCAUGGCUUAAGGAGAGGGAGAAACCCGAUGACUUAAACGUAGUCGGAGUGUUGUACAAUGGACCUAAGCUAUUGAAAAAGUGAUAUAGCCAGCAAGAAAACUCAUUGUAUUUCCCUCCUCUCAGGAUUGUACAUAAUCAGGCAGAUUACGAAAACUAGUUUCUAUAUGAAAGGACCAUAGUUUUGUAGUGCGUUUAAAAUGGAAAUAUGAAUUAUAUUUCUUUGUGCACAUUUCAAAUCUUGCUAUAAUAAA